AUGGACGGAUGUGGUCAAAUGCAACCGCGUAUGGGUACGCCUACGAAUGUGAUGCAUAUUCAGCAAGGUACUAUUGAAAGUCCAUCGGUCUGUAGUGCACCAAUGACACCUCAGCAGAUGCACACAGCAGCAGCAAGGCAUGAUGCAAGGACAAGCAACAUCAGCAGGACAGUUGAUCAAAGUGGAGGAUUCACUCCACAACAGCUACAAAUGCCACAGGGGUAUCCGCAAGGGGUACCAGAGAGCCCAGGUGCUAUACAAAUGCAGCAACAAAUGAUGGUCACAGGUGCCAGUGGACAAGGAGAUGGCUCACCGGGAAUGUAUGUCCGACAACAGCAAAUUGCAGCAGCAGCAGCAACAAAUGAUGGGGCAGCAACAGGCCCAUGA